AUGUCUGACGAAGAUGAUAACUACAUGUCCGAGGAGUCCUACGAGUUUGAGUUCGAAGAGGAGGAGGAGGAUGACGAAGUUCUUGAUGAGCAACACGACGACCAAGAUUUUGGAAUGGAGAAUAGAUACUAUAACGCAAAAUGCCUAAAGGCUGAUGACCCUAAUUCUGCCAUAUCUGCUUUAAAGGAAGUGGCCAGUGUGCCUUCUACCGAAGAAAAUGCAGAAUGGAUCUUCAAGUGUUACAAGCAGUUGAUCAAGAUUUCAGUAGCUGAGCAUGACUACGAUAGUGCCGUAGUAUACCUAAGAAAGCUAGUAGGUGUGAUACCCAAAAUUAACCAGAACUACGUGGAGGAAAGUAUAAGUAGAAUGUUGAGCAAUUAUUCCUCCAACGGUGACCAGCAGUUCAUCAGUAACUUUUAUGACAUUAUAUUGGGCUGUUUAACCUCUUCGGGAAGUGGUAGCAAUGGGAACGGGAAUGGUCGUAGACUUUGGCUCAAGAUAAAUAUGCAUAAGCUCAACAUAUACCUUGAAAACAAGAACUGGGACGAGUGUACCAAGUUAAUUGCACAGAUCAAUGAGAAUCUACAGACAGCUUCAGAACUUACUCGUAACGCCUACUCCUUAGAGCUCAUUGCUGCGGAGAUUGUGGUGUACUCGCAUGAUGAAGAUGCUAACGAUCAAUUGGCUAAGAACCUACUUAAGUUGAACGGAUUUUACAAGAGGGCUAUGAAGAUUACAACAGCAGUCACUCACCCCAGAAUUAUGGGUAUCAUAAGACAGUGUGGUGCAACGAUACAGUUCUAUAGAGGCAACUAUGAAGGAGCCAGGAUAGAGCUUUACGAGAGUUUCAAAAACUAUGAUGAGGCAGGUUCCUCCGAGAAGAGGAAGAUUUUAAAGUAUUUGGCACUCUGCUCGUUGCUAACAGAGAAUCAGUUCAAUCCAUUCGAAUCACAGGAAACACAAACUUAUGCUCAGCUUCCUGAAUAUAGUCUGCUCAUUCAGUUGAUAAAAUACUACGAUGACUUGAAUUUGAUAGGAUUUCAGGAAGUAAUGACCAAGAUGGAUGAUCCCAUUGUUAAUGACCAUAUCUUUAAGCACUCUUCUUCAAAGAUACUUCGUCAUUUGCGUUUCAAUAUUCUUACAAAUACUUUCAAGUCCUACAGAAGAAUAAGGUUGCUGUACUUGUCUGACAAGUUAUUCAUUAGCCAGCUGGAGGUAGAACAAAUGGUGAUUCAAGGAAUAACAUUGGGAAAGUUUUCCAACUUGAAGGUUGACUUUGUGGAUGAUUUCAUAGAGAUACAGCCAGAGGGCAUGUUUCAUUGCAUAUCAUCCACGUUGGAUGGCGCAGAAAUAUUCCAGAACAUGAAAUGUUUAGAUGCCAUAGAGAAAAAGGAAGUAGGGCAUGAUCGUAACAGUACUGAAAUUGAUAACAGAAGUGGCAAUGCCGUCUUUGAAAUAAGUACUUCGAAUAACUCUAAUAGAAGCAACGAUGGCAAACCUGGUGUUGAUGUAGCUGGUGGGUUUGGGCAUAACACAUUUGAGAAGUUCAUAUACCAGUCUGAGAGACUCAAUUCGGAAGAAAAGCAUGUUAAAUUGAUAGACAAUUGGUUGAGAUUGCUUCGCAGUGGUAUACCUAAACGAAUAAAAGAAGAAUUGACUCAGAAAGAGCAGGUUAUUCUCGAACAAAGAGUCAUAGGGGCCAGUAUUCCUGUUGAUGGACAAUCAGCCUCGAAUUCUGCGAGUAUGAGUGGCAUGAAUUUCAGUUCUUCCAUCCCAAUGAAAUCUGGUGAAGAUCACACUUACAAUGAUGAAGAUGAAGAUGAACAACUAGACAAUAUAGAUCAGAUGAGAGUGUGGGCUAAAAACAUACAAAGCCUGAUUGCAUCAGAUUCUUAA